UCAGUUACAGAGGAGAAGAAGUCCCUGAAGAGGACGUUUCAGCAGAUGCAGGAAGAGGAGGACGACGACUACCCCGGGAGCUACUCCCCCCAGGACGCCAACGCCGGGCCCCUUCUGGCGGAGGACUUGAUCAAAGCCCUGCAGGACUUGGAGAAUGCGGCCUCGGGCGAUGCCACCGUGCGGCAGAAGAUCGCUUCUCUUCCCCAGGAGGUUCAGGAUGUCUCCCUGCUGGAGAAGAUCACCGACAAAGAGGCGGCAGAGCGCCUGUCGAAGACGGUGGACGAGGCGUGUUUGCUGCUGGCGGAGUACAACGGGCGGCUAGCCGCGGAACUGGAAGACCGGCGCCAGCUGGCACGCAUGUUGAUCGAAUACACACAGACCCAGAAGGACGUGCUGACGGAGAAGGAGAAGAAGUUAGAGGUGAGCAAUGGCUGCUCUGACCCAGCUCCCCAAACACAACAAACCCUCUGUAGUUAA